CUUCUUUCACUAACCUACUCAGCGUCUUACCAUCUAUCAACAUGAGCACAGUGAACAUUGACGCAAAGUUCGACAAAGCCGUUCAGAUCGUUGGAGAACUUCCUGCUGAAGGUCCUAUCAAACCUACUCAAGACCAAAAGCUUCUUUUCUAUGCCCACUUCAAACAAGCCACAGAAGGAGACGUCUCCGGUCCUGCUCCCGGUUUCAUGGAUUUCGUAGGGAAAGCGAAAUAUAAAGCUAGACAAGCUAUCACAGGUAUGAGCAAACAAGAAGCUAAACAGAAAUACGUCGAGCUUCUCGAAGAAAUGCUCAACAAAGCCGGUGAUGAAGAUGCCAAGAAGUAUCUUGCCGAGCUGGAGACCGCCGGUUCUGCACCCGCUGUGGCCGCUUGAAGCUUAUGAACUACGAUCAUGGUGGGAAUGGAUUACGAUUUGCAGAUGAUA